CCCCUGGCCAUUCAAAGGAUUUCUGAGCGGAAGUUUAAUCAUGCGUGGGGCGCUCAGCACCUCUGCCUAAAAACUCUCUGUCCUCAGGUAGGCUUGAAUCUGUUCGCUUGCUAUUUGAACAUGUCAGGUAUCGCGUCUAAACUGCAGCACAACCGGACCAAGGCGGAAGGUUUCGGAUCGAACAGCCAUGCUGUUCCGUACUUGGAUCAGGACUACGAGGCGCUGAAACGGCAGUGCCUGGAAAGCGGCACUCUCUUCGAAGAUGACAUGUUCGGCGCGACCGUAUCCUCGCUGGGCUUCGAUGAACUCGGACCUGACUCCUACAAAAUUGAAGGCGUUGAGUGGAAGAGACCAGCGGAACUGACUGCCAGUCCACAGUUUAUAGUUGAAGGAGCAACAAGAACAGACAUCUGUCAAGGAUCUCUUGGUGACUGCUGGUUACUGGCAGCUAUCGCCUCUCUCACUCUAAAUAAAGAGGUUCUGAAUCGAGUGGUACCACACGGACAGAGCUUUGACCACAACUAUGCCGGAAUAUUUCACUUCCAGAUCUGGCAGUAUGGUGAGUGGGUGGAUGUUGUCAUUGACGACCGGUUGCCUGUGAGGGAUGGAAAGCUGCUGUUUGUGCACUCAGCAGAGGGCUCAGAGUUCUGGAGUGCCCUACUGGAGAAGGCCUAUGCCAAAGUAAACGGCUGCUAUGAGGUGUUGUCUGGAGGCUCUCCCACUGAGGGCUUUGAGGACUUCACCGGGGGCAUCGCUGAGCGCUUCAAACUCAACUCCCCACAGCCCAACCUCUACAGCAUCAUCCAGAAAGCCCUAGACAGAGGAUCACUGCUGGGCUGUUCCAUCAACACCACUGGCAAUGAAGCUCGUGAAUCAGUGACAUCACAGCAACUGGUGAAAGCACACGCCUACUCGAUAACAGGAGCAGAGGAGGUUAAAUGCUCUGGUGAGAUCAUAAGACUGAUUCGUGUGAGGAACCCCUGGGGCAAGAUUGAGUGGAAAGGCCCCUGGAGUGACAGUUCCUCAGAGUGGCAGCUCAUAAGUGAUGCAGACAGAGAGAGACUCAGACACAAAGCCGAAGACGGAGAGUUUUGGAUGGCCUUCUCAGACUUCCUAGAGCAGUUCUCGGUGGCGGAGGUGUGUAACCUGACUCCAGACACACUGACAGGGGACCAGCUUAAGAAGUGGUCCCUCAACGCCUUCGACGGCAACUGGAGGAGGGGAUCCACUGCGGGAGGGUGCAGGAAAUUCCCCAAGACGUUCUGGAUGAACCCUCAGUUUGUGAUCCGGCUGGAGGAGGAGGACGAUGACGGAGAGAAGGGUUGCAGCUUCCUGGUGGGACUCAUGCAGAAGAACCGAAAGAACUGGCUUAGGAUGGGCCAUGGCCAGGACAUGCACACCAUCGGCUUCACCAUCUAUGAGGUUCCUGAACAGUUUACUGGCCAGAGGAAUGUCCACCUGGAGAAGACGUUUUUCCUCCGGCAUGCCCAGAAGGCGCGCUCCGAGACCUUCAUCGACCUGCGGGAGGUGGUCACGCGCUUCUGCAUGCCGCCCGGCGAGUACCUCAUCAUUCCGUCCACGUACAAGCCCAGCAAGGACGGAGACUUCUUUGUGCGCGUCUUCUCCGAGAAGCACGCCGACUUACAGGAGCUGGACGACCCUAUAGAGUUUAAAGUGGAAGAGGAGGAGGAGAUCUCAGAGGACGAAGUGGACGGCACGUUCAAAACGCUCUUUGGGAAGCUGGCGGGAGAGGACUCUGAGAUAUCAGCCUUUGAACUGAAGAAUAUUCUCAACAAAGUCGUGUCCAAACGUGAUAAGGGACAGAAACACCAAAGCAGGACGCGAUUCCCUCACAGCAGGUGUUGUGGCCUGCUGUCCCAGAUGUCCCCUUGUCGGGGUAGUAAACGAAGCCCUGAUAUUAACACAGACGGCUUUGGUCUGGAAACGUGCCGCAACAUGAUCAACCUUCUGGACAAAGAUGGCAAUGGGACACUCGGUCUGGUGGAGUUUAAGACCUUGUGGGCCAAGAUAGAGAAAUAUCUGAAGAUUUAUCGUCAGCGAGAUGAGGACAAUUCUGGCACCAUGAGCUCAACUGAGAUGAGAGCAGCUGUAGAGGAAGCUGGUUUCUCUCUGAAUAAUCCUCUACACCAGAUCCUGGUGACCCGUUUCAGUAAUGCUGACCUCACCAUUGACUUCGACAAUUUUGUGAGCUGCCUGAUACGGCUGGAGUCCAUGUUCCACAUAUUUCAAACUCUGGACACGGAUAAUUCAGGAAAGGUUGAGUUCAACAUGUUUCAGUGGCUGUAUUUGACCCUGCUGUGAAUUUCAAACUGAUAUACCAAAUGAUCACCAGGGUGGCGCUCUCCACUCACAAGUUACUUCUUCUGGACACUGUUACUGUACUGCCCCAUCACCGUGCACACAGCUCUUUUACUUCAGUUUAUUUUAUUUUAUUUUAUUUUUUUUGCUGAUUGUAGGCUAUUGGAGUUAGACCAUGUCACAUAUUUGCAAUCAAUACACAAAAAGGUCUUAUCUUUCCAUCCUGUAUUCUGCUCUUGUUGACAAUGUUGCAAUUAGUCAAUAGGCUUAUACAACUGAAUAAUUCUAAUUAACUAGCAUCAGUUAUGCAGCACCUUAGUAAUAGCCAUCAUGUUAUCAACGGUCCAACACAAACUUUUAUAUUUUUGUACAAUAAAAGUAAUUUUAAUAUUUUCUGUUAAGGUA